ACGGCAACACGACCACCUCCGCGAUUUGAAAGUCAGAAUUCGCCUGGCUCUUUAAAAGCACCGAGUCCAGGUGUUGAGGAACUGAUUACUGUGGCCGGAACCAACACGGAAAGGAAUACGAAACGUGCAGUUGGGAAGCGACGCCGCAAAACGAACGAUUCAGUGGUACUAACCGAGAACAGUGAAGAAGGAGCGUCGCAACCUUGUCAGAAAAAGAGAAUUCUACCGCCACGGAAAGUUGGGACCCUGGCAAGCGUCUUGGCAGAAGAAGUUGCAGCCGAACAAGAGAGCAAGGAACCCACUGUCACCGGUGAAACCUACCUCAUGCUGACCUCAGACGAAAACAUAAUAAAAGCGUGUGAUGUGGUGGAGGAGAGAGAAGUAGGCGAGGAGAUAUCGAUGAAAAAAAAUGGAAAUAACAAAACGGAGAUCCCGGUCCCCUCGUUUAAGUUAUGGGAUGAAGACGUCGGCAGCGGUCUACGUAGCAAAGCGCAAGAG